CCGGCGUGGGAGGCUGUGGAGUCAGGAGGCGGCGGCGACGGAGGACACAGAUCAGUCUCGCCGGAGCCGCUCGGACGCCGCCAGCACCAUGGGCUGCUGCACUGGACGCUGUUCGCUCAUCUGCCUCUGCGCGCUGCAGCUGCUCUCAGCAUUAGAGAGGCAGAUCUUUGAUUUCCUUGGCUUCCAGUGGGCACCAAUUCUUGGAAAUUUUCUACAUAUAAUAGUUGUCAUACUGGGUUUGUUUGGAACCAUUCAGUACAGACCUCGAUACAUCAUGGUGUAUACAGUAUGGACUGCCCUAUGGGUCACCUGGAAUGUGUUCAUUAUCUGCUUUUACUUGGAAGUGGGUGGCCUCUCUAAGGAUACAGAUCUAAUGACAUUCAACAUCUCCGUACAUCGGUCAUGGUGGAGGGAACAUGGGCCUGGCUGCGUCCGAAAAGUGCUGCCUCCUGCAGCUCAUGGCAUGAUGGACGAUUACACCUACGUCUCCGUCACAGACUGUCUCGUCGACUUCCAGUACCUGGAGGUCAUCCACAGUGCUGUGCAAAUACUGCUCUCUUUGAUUGGGUUUGUGUAUGCCUGUUAUGUGAUCAGUAUUUCCAUGGAAGAAGAAGACACCUUUGAUUUCAUAGGUGGACUUGACACACACUCCUACUACCAGGAUCAUGUUGAGUUAAAGCCUGUUAAACCUGUCGAAAUAAGUAAUGACAUUGACUCUGAAAUGCGGCUGCUGAACUUGAAUUAGGGAGCAAAGCACCGUUGACAGCUGGCACCUCACAGCGGUGGAUCAACCUGUGUCCCAUUCCUUUCGGAGGAUGGACUGUGCCUCCCUGCCUUUCCACGGAUCACAGAGUUCUUCGAUCACAGCCUGUGUAUUAUUAGCAUUGUUCACUAGAUGAGUUCUAGGUGCUUGGGUGGGUAUUUUUUAAAUCAUUUUCUUCUUAUAUGAACACUUGUAAAUUGUAAAAAAAAUAGUUUUUAAUUUUUUAACAAUAUUUAAUGUGAGGCAUGCAAAAUGAAACAGAAAAAUCCAUAAAAAAAAACAUUUUACAGUCAAUUCUAAGAGAAACAUUGCCUGUGCUGUGGAAGUGUUAAAUCAGUAUUGCUGACCAUGAGGCAGGGCUAAGCCUCAAAGAUUUGUGUUAGCAAACAUUGUCUGUGGUCAUCAAACGUAAGGUAGACGCAGCAACAGCCGACACAUGGGUACAAACAAUGGACUGGACUUUCAGACUGAAUGUGGAGCACUGUCAACAUCACAAGACAAAACUUGGAGUCAUUCUUUAUUUUCAACUUCCCAAAACCCAGAAAAAUACUAUGGCAAUCGAAAUUUUCAGAUUUGUGCAUGGCAUCCUCCUUCUCUGUAUUUUGAAAACUAAAUAUAUACAAAUAUGUCAUGGGUGCAUAAAAGAGUGAAAUGAUUAGUAGAACCCUUUUCCCUUUAGAGGAAACACGAGUGUCUCUGAGGUCCAUAUUUUCUACUCUUUAUCCCACUCCUGACACUGAUGUCAACCCUAAACAUACAGCCCAUGGGCUUGUGGGAAAAACCACAACCAUAAAUAUGAAUUCAGGAACUUUGCUCUUAGGAUUUUCAAAAGUAGCAUUAAAAUACUGUGGCAUUCUCUAUAAAUACUUCUAAGGAGAAUGUUUAUGUUGAAGCUACAUCAACUUUUCUUUUUUCUAUCCCAUCUCAAUAACACAGAAAGUGAUAUGGGAAACAUAAUUUUCUGUCAAAACAUGGACUAUCAUGAAAACACACCAGUUUUUUUUCUUUAAGUUGACAUGUGCUAAAAUACAUAAUUAUUAGAACUAAACCUGGCAAGUUUUGAAAAAUAUCUAUCUCCAUGUAACCAAUGCCUCAAUCAAAAUAUAGAUUUCUAUCACUCUAGAAAAUUUCCUCCUGUUCCAUUUCAAUUUUCAAAGACAAAUAUUGUGCUGGUUUUUUCAACAUUAAUUAAUUUUUCCCUCAAUAUAAAAUACAUACUCUUUUUGCAUCAUUUUUUCCUAUGUUUCCCAGUCACUAUUUCUUACACAAAAAUAAAUUUUGCUCACUUUGUAUGACAACAAAAACAAAGCGUCCAGUGGGUCACAAAGUUGUGCCUAGUGCACUUUGGUACUUGAUUCCUGCAUCCCUAAGGAGCCAAUCCAUAAACCACUGAAAAUUAAGCAAAUUUUUGUAGGUGUGUAGAUGUCCUUUUUUCUUCUACUUUUUAGAGCCCAUAGAUUUCCUGAAAUUCUAGUCAGAACUUGAUGCAGCGAAGCUUGCCCUGAUUUCCCAAGUUUAUGCCAACCUCAGUGGGCCUCCUGGACUCCUGCUUUACUUCCUUGUCUCUGGAUUCUACUGCUUGGUCAGUUGACACCCACUAACUCUCGUCACUCCACAUCCUACUGAGUAAAGCCAGCUUCGCAGGAGCAGCUGGCAGGGGUCUCCGAGACGGUGAAAGGCGAGCUGCCACUCUGAAGGCGAGGGAGUUGAAGCCUAGGGGUUUUGGUGGACCUGCCCAGAGCUCUGCAUUUGUACAGAGGUGUAAGAUCUAUGGGUGAAGGAACAGAACGUGGAGGGCAGAAGUUGGUAUUUGGGGCCAUGUCCACUGCUGCGCUUUUAGAUGGUGUUUGACAUCUCAGCACUGGACUUUUUCUUAUCUGUGAAGUGGAAUUAUGGUUCCUACCUCCAAAGAUAAGGUGAGGAUGUGAGGAAGACAAAUGCAAAAAGUAUUUUGUAAGCUUGAAGAUCACUGCAGAUUGAAAGAGGCAAUUAUUAGUUAUUUUGGAACAGUAGGACCCUGACUGGAGCUCCUUUACCCAUUCAAGUGCCAUGAAAAGCCCACGGAAAGAACAAAUUCACUUGUCUUUAACUGAUUUGAAAUCACGCAUGCCAGAAAUCACACUUUUAACUAAAAAAAAAAAAACUUUUACAUUCAAAUGUCAUUAAUUUAUACAUAUUAUUAUUACUAUUGAAAAAGUCAAUGAAAUAUGAAAAAUGUAGAAAAUCAGCAAGAUAGAAAGAUAAGAUUCACAUUAAGUAUUCUAAAUUGUCACUUCAUUGCUUGCACACAUGCACAUACACACACAAAUGAAAAGAUGAUCCACUCUUCAUAAAAUAGUAUCAUCCAAAUGUUUCUAUUUUAUCUUCAUGUGAAUUUGUGUACACAUGUAAGAUGCACUACAGGCGCCUAGACCUUGUCCAACUGCAGGUAGCAGAUUCAAGAAAGAAAUCCUUACAUAAGUAAUUUUUUAUGAAUAUUCAUAAAUACAAUACUUAAUACAAUAAAUUUGUUUUCAUUUUAAUCUUUCUUCGCUUAAAAAGUGACGAUAUAACUGUUUAAACCUGCAACGCCAGCACUGAUUGUUCUGAAGUUUUAGAAAAUUUGCCACUGGUCAGAAACAAGUUAUACUGAUCUUUCAUCUCUUUUCUUUCUCUUCUUCCUGCCUAUGUUCACUUUGGCCACUCUUUAAGAGGCUCUGCUCAUUUAAGACAAAAGGGUAAAAUAUUAUAUACAGUCAUUCACCGUAUACCCAGGUGUUACAUUGAUCCGGACAGCUCCACAGCAGCAUUGUCAUGGUUGCUGCUCCAGAGCAGUAAACUAGUCUUAUUUGCUCUUUUGCCUCCGAUUUUAGAGAAUCUACUCUGCACUUGGCAUGUCAUCAGAGUUUUCAACAAGGACAUGUUCACUAUACACAUGUUCUUGACACAUCUUGACUUCCCCAUAAGCAAUCAUGUGUCUGGAUAGAGUAAGGGGAAAUAUACACAUAUCUUAGCCUGUACUCAUUUGCCAGAAUCUUAUCAUCUUAAGAGAUAGAACAGCCCCAUGUUCAAGAGUUCAGAAGUGGCCCUGGUAAAUCUGAAGAUAGGAUAGAGGACAUUCACUUACCUUUAGCCUCUAGUGCUAGCUGGAAUGUAGAAAAGAAAAUUUAAAGCCAAUGCUUUUUUUUUUUUUUUUUCUGAGCCACCUUGGCACUGAGCCUUAUAAACUUUGGCCAAGUCUUCCCCAAGCUGUGCUCUAUCUUAUGGGAAUGGCUUUUCCUUCCUUAACUGUCUUCUGCUGAUAUUGUGUGGCUCCACAGGAAGCUGGAAUGCUUUCUAGUUCACCUUAUACCUAUGGGAGCUUCUAGUCAUGUUUCAAAGCCAACAAAAUUUAGAAAGGGGUGUUACAAGGAGAACUAGAGAAAUACCAGCAGGCAGAGAAUGUCUUGAGGUGUGAAACAGUCCAAAUCAUAAAAAUCUGAUUUUCUCUUAGGAAAAUCACUAAAUAAGUAUCCCCCUAAGUAUUUUAGUCUUGCACCUGCCGUAUGAUGUGGAGUAGGUUAGAAAAACAUUAUAUCUAUACCCCCACUCUAAACCUGGGAAGUGGUGGGCUCAUUUGUUUUGAAGACAACAUGACAUCUUGCCCUAGCAAACUACUGACUUGUUUCUUUUUUUCCUUCAGAAAAAUAACCACUUCUAUUCCUAUAAACCUAAAUAAGGUAGUCAGCCUGCUUCAAAAAAUGGCCUGGCUGCCAUCUGUCUCACUUAAUGAAUGGGACACUCCACAUUGAGAGGAAUUUGUCUUCAUUAGAACUAGCUAAAAUGCACAUUGCAAAGCUGAGGAAAACCAUCAUGACUCUUGACUAAAUUGAGAAGCAAAUAAAAACCAAAGUUACUCUUUUCAAUCUUUGCAAAUCAGAAAGGAAUCUUGCUGAGAAUAAACAGAUCUUUAUUUUAUACUUAAUUUAAAAAUUGACGAUGUCCCAAGAUGUGGACUCACUAUGGAAUGAACAUUCUGACUGGUUAUUUUUGAGAGUCAAUGCUCGCCAUUUCUGAGUUAUUUUUAUAAGUAACUAGAGGAAAUUUUAUAGUUGAUUAAAAUACAAAUGAUCUAACUUGGGCAUUUGAGCCCAUGGUUGUAUCUGCCUUCUUUCAAGGGGUAGCUGAAUAAGUAGGAAUAAAUUCAAAUAGUUGCUGUUUUAAAACUCAGAAUCCUGGCCGGCGACGCGGCUCACUAGGCUAAUCCUCUGCCUGCGGCACCGGCACUCGUUUCUAGUCCCGGUCGGGGCGCCGGUUCUGUCCCGGUUGCUCCUCUUCCAGGCCAGCUCUCUGUUGUGGCCCAGGAAGGCAGUGGAGGGUGGCCCAAGUGAUUGGGCCCUGCACCUGCAUGGGAGACCAGGAGGAAGUACCUGGCUCCUGGCUUCAGAUCAACGCAGCGCGCCGGCCAUAGCAGCCAUUUGAGGGGGUGAACCAAAGGAAGGAAGACCUUUCUCUCUCUGUCUCUCUCUCUCUCACUGUCAAACUCUACCUGUCCAAAAAAAAAAAAAAAUCUAAAAAAAAAAAUCAGAAUCCUUGCAUGCUUAAAUUUUUAAAAAAUGUUUCUUCCAACUUAAGAGUGAUCUGUAACCUUUGAUAGAAGGUCUGUUGAAGUAUCCAAGAGCCGUGUUCAAAUAUUUGUGACAAAUAGGCUCACAACUUAAGGAUGCUAUGCCCAAAAGUAGAUCUGAUAGAGGUAAUUACUUCUCAUGUUUGUGUAUAGAGUGUGAGUUAGAAAGGGAGCAGAUGUGUUUUACAUUUCAGAAGAAUAUAUAACUGGAUCUCUAGCUCCUUCACAGUAUAUGCUAUAAUAGUAUUCUCAAAAAAAGAGAAUGAUCAAAAAAUUCCACCAAAAAAAGAAACUUAGUAAGAAAAAAAAUCAUUUCUUCUGCCUUGGGGGGUAACAAAAAAUUAGUUUAUUGAAGGCUAAGAAAAAAAAAACUAUUUACAGAAAUCAGAUAAAGCUUUUUAAAUACUAGUAUUUGCAAAACAUUGGUGACAAGUAAAAAAUGAAUCAUCUUUCUUGAACUUGCAUUCAUAUAAAGGGAAAGAAUCAUGUUAAGGGCUACACAUUUUUUAAAAUGAAAUAUAUAAGGAAUCCAUAAUGUGUUUUUCUUAAAUUAAGUUAAAUUAAAAAGGGAAAAAAUAGAAGGCAGGAACAGAGGAAAGAACAAAAAAUUCAAAAUUAAAAGUCUACCUAAUCUGGAUUUAGACAGUACCAAUUAUUAACUCAAAAUUUUUGUUCUUGUUUCUUUGAUUGACUAAAAGCAUUAAAUCAUUUUCCACUUUAGUGUAUGCUUUUUCUUUCCUCCUCAGUGUUGUUAAGAAAUGACUUGAAGAAAACAAAAACUUAUCUGGUCUCCCCACAGAAUUUUCUUUGGCAGAAACCUUGCCUGCCCAUAUUAGUUUGGUUUAGGUUUACCCAAAAACAAUAGAAGAAACGUGAUCAUGGCUUAAAUAAAGUAGAGGUCUAUUUCUCAUCGCAUUUCAAAGUUCCAGAGUCAAUCAUCAAAAAGCUGCAUGUGAGUUCAUUAGAAAUAGGGACCCAGGCUCCUUCUCUCUUGUGCUCCAUCCUACGUGGCCGAUAUUCUCAAGAUCAUAAUAUGACUCAAAGCGGCUGCUGGGACCCCAGUCGUUGCUUUUAUACUCCAGCCAAGGAGGAAGCAAAAGGAACAGUAAAGGAUGCUUCCUUUCCUUAAGGAUCUGCCCUACAAUUUGUAUCCAGUACUUCCACUUAAAUUCAACUGGAUAAGAUUUGUUUCAAUCCAAAUUUUGUUACAAAAAAGCUGAGAUUUAUAAUAUUUUUUAUUUGACAGGUAGAGGUAUAGACAGUGAGAAAGAGAGACAGAGAAAGGUCUUCCUUCCAUUGGUUCAACCCCAACCCACCCCCCAAAUGGCUGCUAUGGCAAGCGCUACACUGAUCUGAAGCCAGGAGCCAGGUGCUUCUUCCUGGUCUGCCAUGCGGGUGCAGGCGCCCAAGCACUUGGGCCAUCCUCCACUGCCCUCCUGGGCCACAGCAGAGAGCUGGACUGGAAGAGGGGCAACUGGGACUAGAACCCGGCACCCAUAUGGGGUGCCGGUGCCUCAGGUGGAGGAUUAACCAAGUGAGCCACAGCGCCAGCCCCUAUAAUAUUUAUUAUUGAUAACUUUGUACCCAACUAAAAACCAGUGACUUUAUGUUUUAGUAAGAAGGGUAACUAUAUAGAGAAGAAGGCCCAGAACUCUCUACCACAGUUAAGAUUAAUUAACAUGAUUUUUUGGAAUAGUUUUUUUCAUUUACUUUAAUAAGAUUUCAUAACAAAAUAUUCACAUUUUUUCACUAAGAAAUUUAUAAGUAUAUGAAGUGAAAAGAUCUGUCUUGUCUUGUUUCCUUAUCCAAUCUUUGUGAUUAGAAAGAAAGAAAUAUAAAUCAAUGAUUCCACAUUCCUCCAUAUUUCCCAUAACUCUGCAGUGUAUAUUUUAGCUUUCUAUCUCUGGAAAUUGAAACUAAAAUUCAAAAACCAAUCCAAUGCUUUACUUGGUCCUCACUAUUCUAUUACCACUUUAAAUUAAUUCUUCAUGGGUAUAACACUUGAACUAUCAUUUUUGGAAGGAUCCUCUGCAUUGAUUAAUAGUGAUAUAAUUUUGUUGUUACUGAACUCAGAAAACACUCAAAGGGCUUAUGAAGUGCUUAGCAAGAUGGGUCAGAGUAGAUGAGUGAAAAUUAUACAGUCCUUUCUUUUCUGUAACUUUCAGUAGAAGGUAGGCCUGUUUUUCCCUUCAUCUGUUUUUCUUCAAGAACAUAAAAUUGACCAAAGUGAAUGGAGUAUUUAAAUUCUCUUGGAAAAGCUAUAAUGGAGGGAAAUCAUAAUUUUUAUAAUUAGAUUUUCAUUGUACAUUCUUCCUAGGCUGGCUGUGGGGGUAAACGAGAGAGAGAGAGAGAGAGAGAGAGAGAAAUGGAAUCAGAGACAUCUUCAAAGUAACACUUUUUAAAAAAUAUUUAUUUACUUUUCAUUUAUUUGAAGGUCAAGGAGACACAGACAGAUGAAGAGAUCUUUCAAUUGUUAGUUCAUCCCUGAAAUGUCCAUAAUGGCUGGGGCUGGACCAGGCCAAAGUCAGGAACCCAGAACUCAGUCUAGAUCUUGUAAGUGGUAGGGACCCAAUCAUGUCAGCCAUUAUCAUUGACUCCCAGAGUCCGGGUUGGUAGGAAGCUGGAUGGGAAGCAGAACCAAGGUGGCAGAUGUCACUGAUUAAAAAGAUUUGGUGACUCAUGAGUGUACACACACAUCUACACACAAACUUUAACACUUGAUACAGUCUUUGCUAAAUAAUCACACUGAUAAAAUGUCCCAUGUGACCCAUUUCCUAAAAUGAUAAAUACUAUAUGACUAUUUUAAGGAGUGAUAGUUGAAAGAAAGAUGUUUAGAACAUUGUGCUCUUUCUCCACAAGACAAAAUUUCCACAUUUAAAGGAACUGAGCAACUCCAUUUUCCUUGUUUAUAGCCCAAGAGACUAAGGCUGAUAGAUGCAGCGGUUUGUGCUCCGUGUCCCAUCAGGUCUGCUGUACAAGUUCUCAAUCCAGUCUUCUUUCCUCUACAUUUUGUGGCCAUUGGCUCUGUCAAGUCCAAGCUGAAAGAGUCUUUGCUGUGGAAUGCAAUUUUUUUAUUUUUUAUUUUUUAUUUUUUUAUUUUUUUUUGGCCUGGGCUUCUUUGGCCUUCUUACUCCCUCUGCUUAUGUGUGAGCAUCUGAAAGUCAUCAUCCAGUGACUUUUGUCUUACUUUUGUUUGUCUUUGCUUUUGUCUUCUUGGAACCCAGAAGAAAUUCCAGACCUCAGGUCACUGUUCUUUGCUUUCCAAAAGACAGAACAGCUCAGUCCUGAUUGCCGCUUUUUCUUCUUCACUCUUGACAAGCUUAUGCCCCAGAUGAGCCUCCUGGUGAUUUUCACCAACCAGGAUGAAGCAUUUAACUCUUAAAUGCUGGAUAUCAGAUCCUUUUAAAAUUAUUUGUUUCUAAGGGAGUGAUUUUGCAAAUAAUUUCUUAAAGCCACAGUUUCAUUUCUUCUAACACUUCCUUUAAAGGGGACUGUUUUAUUUCCCUUUCGGUUUCUUAAAAAUAUUUUAAACCUAAAAAUAACAGUUUUGAAUACACCUUUACAAAAUAGUUUACUAGGAUCACUUAACUAAUAUAAAAAUAGGAACGAAUAAUUGCAACUCUUAUUAGAAAAUUCAGAUAAUAAUAAAGAGCAUGAUAUGCCGGCGCCGCGGCUCACUAGGCUAAUCCUCCGCCUUGCGGCGCCAGCACACCAGGUUCUAGUCCCGGUCGGGGCACCGGAUUCUGUCCCGGUUGCCCCUCUUCCAGGCCAGCUCUCUGCUGUGGCCAGGGAGUGCAGUGGAGGAUGGCCCAAGUGCUUGGGCCCUGCACCCCAUGGGAGACCAGGAGAAGCACCUGGCUCCUGCCAUCGGAUUGGCGCGGUGUGCCGGCCGCGGUGCACCGGCCGCAGUGGCCAUUGGAGGGUGAACCAACGGCAAAGGAAGACCUUUCUCUCUCUCUCUCUCUCUCACUGUCCACUCUGCCUGUCAAAAAAUAAAAAUAAAUAAAGAGCAUGAUAAAAGUUAAUGUUAAUUUGUGUUCUGAUUCCUUCAUCAACACUUACAUUGUGUUGUGCAGCCUUUUCUUUUCAUUAUCUGGACUUUUUGUUGUCAUUAUUUAACCCACUUAUUCAACCAAUAUCUAUAAAUAUUUAUUUCUGUUCUACAGCUUUUCAUUUUUUUCCAAACCUCCAUGUAAGAAACUCCUCAUGCACGACACUGUUAAGCAAAAUAGAUUGUAUUGAGUACCCAGUUAAAUAUCUUUAGAGGAUGAAAUUUUGGGCAAGUCUUGUGUCAUAUUUAAUUUGUUCCUUAGGAUGAAGAAAGCUCAUUAAUUCCAUUUAUUAUUUCUUAGUCUGACAUAUUUUUUAAAAAAUCAGUCAAUUGAUGUUAGACUUUUUAUAUCACAAAGAAAAGUCAUUGAUUAUGAAAGUUGAAUGAUCUGAAGUUCACCCAGAAAUCGGAAGCACUUGGCCCCUCUGUAAUGUUCUCUUUGUUCUCCUCAGCCUGCCAAGGCUUUGCUCUAAAAUAUCUGAACUUGAGUUGCAUUGGUCCCAUUAGUCUUUGUCAAGGAGGAAGUUUGGGCAGUGGUUUCAGAAAUGGGUUGAGAAGGCAAAUUACUACUCCUCUUUUAUUCUUUUCAUACUUGUUUCAAGGCCCACAGCCAUCAAACUUCUCUGAUUUUGUUCUGCCUGAGCCUCACAUUUCCAUAUCUUUAAGUAUGGUACUGCAUAAUAAUUACAAUACUUAAGAAAAAUGGAAAGUUUUUAGUAAAAGUUCCUUGCAAAUCUAAGAUGCCAUGUGAAAGAUGCUGGUAGAAGGCCAGAGUAUAAUUAGCAUUGCUGAUAAUUGUAAUAAACAUACAUUUCAUUUCCUUUUAAAGACAUAGACAUUCCAUUUUUCAUCUUGCAUAACUCAAAGAAAAUUUGGGUAUUAACACUUCAAAAUACUUUUAUCUCAGUAGGGGGAUAUCUGAAGAGAAUGGAAUUAAUAUCCACAUCAGUUCCUAAAGCAAAAAGCUGCAUAACAAAGCUUUUCUCAUCCUGUGGUAGACACUGAUAGGUGAGAUAGGUGAGAACUCCCCCUGAGAAUCUGAACAUAUUAAGGAAUUUCUUUCAUUGUGGGGAAAGAAAGAUGCAAAAAAAUGGACUUCUCAGUUAUUCUUACCUUUUAAGCUUGUCUGAGACUUCCUAUAGGUGACAAGAACUCGCUCCCUGGCAGCCUACUCUACCCACAACAAAAUCAAGAACCAAAAAACAAAGAGGAUUUCCAGCUAUCCCAAUAGAUUUCAUAAAAUUUGUACUCUCAAACCCUUUAAUUUUAUUCAUAGGCAAGCCCCUCAAUGUUUUAUUUAAAUCCUCUUUACUCUCUUCUUUUAUGAGAUUUAUUUUAUUUAUUUGAAAGGCAGAGUUACUGAGAGAAGGAGGGAGGGAGAGAGAUCUGCCAUCUGCUGGUUCACUUCCUAAAUGGCUGUAAUGCCCAGGGAGGAGCUGGGAGCUUCAUUCAGUUCUCCCAUGUGUGUACAGGGACCCAAGGAGUUGGGCUAUCUUCUGCUGUUUUCCCACAUGCAUUACCAGAACACUGAAUCAGAAGUGCAGCAGCCAGGACUCAAACAGGUGCCUAAAUGGGAUGCUGGCUUCAUAGGCAGUGGCUUAACCUGUUAGUCCACAACACUGGUCCAAUACACUUUACUCUUUUUUUUAAGAUUCUUUUUUUUUUUUUUGAGAAACAGAGUUACAAACAAAGAGGUGGAGAGACAGAGAGAAAGGCCUUCCAUCUGCUGGUUCACUCUCACUCUCCAAAUGGCUGCAAUGGCCAGAGCUGGGCCAAUCCAAAGACAGGAGCCAAGAACAUCUUCUGGGUCUCCUGUGCAGGUGCAGGGGCUCAAGCACUUGGGCCAUCUGAUACUGCUUUCCCAGGCCAUCAGCAGGGAGCUGGAUUGGAAGUGGAACAGCUGGGACUCAAAUCGGUUCCCAUAUGGGCUACCAGUGCCACAGGCAGAUGCUUACCUACUACACCACAAUGCCGGCCCCCUCUUUACUCUUAAUUGACACACAAUGCUAGUAUUUUAAUGAAAUAGUUUUCAAACAUGUAACAAGUUAGAAGUCAAAAGUGAGAAAGGUAGGCAUUCCAUAAAAUAGGCCAAAAUACUGACAAUAACCAAACACUAUCCUUAACUAAAAGAACAGUGAUAGAAAAGUCAUAUGAAAAUCUAAACCACAGUUGUAUGAAGAUAUUUAAGGUAAGAGUCAAUGUACUUAGCAGAGCUUUAGUCAACACUGUAUGACUUCACAAAACAGCAUUUUAUUUGUACUAUCAUCAAUUCAGAUCAUCAAUGAAAAAUAUAUUUGUGAGAAUUAGGAACAGGAUACUUCCUUUCAUUGGUAACAAAAUUAUGCUGUUGAUUUCUAUUUAAAUAAGAUGGUUCACUUCCUUCUGCUGGAAAGUGUUUUCUCAUAAAUGUGCAGAUCUACAAUAUCUACAGUCUGGGAACCCCUUCUAUUUGGUUUUCUGUUUCCUGCAUAACCUAUACAAUAUGUGAGUGUCCUGUAAUUCUUGUGGUCCUCUAAAAUAAAGAGGUUGAUGCAAAUUA